GGCCCGCUGUGAUCAGACGUCUCGUCUCCUUCUUCUCCCUUUGAUUCCGAUCAAAAUUUCACGGUGUCUGCCGUCGCCGUCGCUAACGGUGACAUUCGUUAACGGUAGAUUGCUCUAUAGAGUUAUAUAGAGAGAAGGAGUUUUGAGUCGCUCAUUUGCAUCAGACGCGCUUAUCUGUGAAUUACAAAGAUGGUCAACCCUAAACGCAUGUGAAGAAUCUGAUUCCUUGUAAGCAAUCUCGGAUUGAUAAACAAUCGAUCAGAUCUUUGUGGAAAGGCCGUAGCUUUAAGGGAGGAGGAGCUGGUACGAAUCAAUAGCCGACUAGCCUAUGAUUAGAGAUUUCGAAUAUUCUCUUGCCUUUGGGUUUCUAUAAACGAAGAGCUUUUGAGUUUGUGAUUCUCAGCUUUUGCUAAUCUUCUGAUCGAUCUCUGAGGAAGCCAUGGAAGAGUCUUCCCAGGGGAGUUUUGUUACGACCAUAAACGAAGAGUAUGAAACAAUUUGCUGGGGCUGUGGUCUAAACCUUGUUCUUCCGUCCUACGCACCUGUUUUCAAGUGUGGCUGGUGUGGAGCAAUCACCAAUCAGAAUCCAGUCAGACUUGAAACCAGAAACUUUGGGCUGAGGCGGUUCCGUGACCGCUGUUUUGUCGUUAUUCUUGCUGUCUUUAUGCUCUUUGUCAUAUGUGGUGGGAUUUGGGCAGCGUUUCCGGUCGUGUUUUCGAUCAGCUUGGCUUGUGGGAUUUUCCAUUCCGUUACAGCAGUGUCUCUGGCGAUAUCAACACUAUCAACAUUCAUCCUUGUUGCUUUUAAGUGCGCCGGGAAACCGAUAGAUAUUGUUUAUGGAACCCACCCUGGAGUAGGGAGCGGCGCACUCAACAACUAUACCUUUUGUCACCACUGCUCCAAACCAAAGUCACCUAGAACCCAUCACUGUCGCACCUGUGGCAUGUGUGUCCUCGACAUGGAUCAUCACUGCCCCUUUAUUGGUAACUGUGUUGGUGCGGGCAAUCACAAAAACUUCAUCGCCUUCCUUAUCUCAGCGGUCAUAAGCACAAUCUACGCUGCGGUUAUGUGUGUAUACACCUUGAUUCAUAUCCUGCCACCCCUGGAAAACCAAGCAGCGUAUGCAUCCGACAUGGCGCAUGCUAAUAGUUUAUCGGUUCUGAGAGUGGUGAAGAACAUCACGCUUGCUUACAUAGCCAACGCUAUCUUCGUCUCUGUACGAGGCCUUGUUCUAGUAUACCUCUUUGUGGCGAGUUUUUCAGUGGCGAUUGGGCUGAGUGUUUUGCUGUGGCAGCAGCUUAGCUAUAUCUAUGAAGGCAAGACUUACUUGAGCCAUUUGAGUUCUCAGGGAAGUGAGGAAGAUGGUGAGAAGAGCUGCGGGAAUCUUUUGAAGUUUUUUGGAUGUCCGCUUUUGAUUGAAAGGUACUUGCCGACUAUAAGGAACUUGAGGAAGAGGCAUAAGACAUGAGAAGAGAAUGGU